AAAAUAAGCAAAACAGAAUUUGAGAGGGACCAAUCAAAAAAUGAAAUUCCAAAAUAUCUAAAUUUGAAAACAGAAAAUCGGGAGGAAACAAGCAAAAAUAAGCAAAACAGAAUUUGAGAGGAAACCAUCAAAAAAUUAAAUUCCAAAAUAUUCAAAUUUGAAAACAGAUAAUCAGGAGGGAAAAGCAAAAAUAAGCAAAACAAAAUUUGAGAGGGAACCAUCAAAAAUCCUCUAUAUAUGCUCUAUUAAUUGCACACAAAACAAACACAAUGGGUAAAACAAAAAAUGUUACUCCACAUCAAAAAACCCAAAUUAUGCAAAAACUCUUCUCAUCCAUGAACAAAAAAGGUAGACCAGAGCUUGGCACAAUCAACAAACUAGCUAAUGAAUUUCAACUUUGUAGGAAAACCAUAACAAGGUUAUGGAAGGAAGUUCAAAAUCAAAUCAACAACAAAACAGUAAUCAACUUGGGGAAUAAGAGGAUUGGAAGAGAACCAAGUAACAAGGUUCAAUUCGAUGAUGAAAAAUUCAAAGCAAUCAAAUGUGAAUUCAAGACAACGCAACAUUCAGUGGCAAAACAAAUUGGGGUAUCACAAUCAACUAUAUUUAGAUGGAAGAAAAAGAAAAUCAUAAGGAAGCACACAAAUCCUCUAAAACCUGCCCAAAUUGAAAAAAAUAAGUUGCACAGGUAUGUGGCCUUUUAUAAGUCAGGAACCUACGAAGAGGAGCUCAGGAGGAAGGGAGAAUUAGAAACUAAACCAAAUCAAUCAAUCAUCAAAGAGCACAUGAGGGCAAUGCUCAUAAACAAUGUCAUACCAACAAUCAGUGCUAAAUGGCCUAGUAUACUUUCAAAAGACAUUAUCAUUCAACAAGAUAAUGCAAAGCCUCAUGUAGCACCCAAUGACAAGAAUUUUGUUGAUGAAGCAACAAAAGAUGGAUUUAAUAUCCAACUUGUGCAACAACCACCAAAUUCACCUGACAUGAAUGUCUUAGAUCUUGGUUUCUUUAGAUCUAUUCAAGCAUUACAAUUUCAAAAGGCAGCAUACAAUAUAAGACAAUUAUUAAGAACAGUGAAUUUGGCAUUUGAGAAUUUAAAUCCUCAGUGUUUGAGAUUUGUGUUCAUUACCUUACAAGCUUGCAUGAUUGAAAUCAUAAAAAGAAAAGGUGGUUUUGACUACCACAUACCACACAUGAACAAAACCAAACAAGCAAGAGAAUGAACAUUGCUAGAUUAUUUGUCAGUGGACAAAGUCUUGGUUGUUGAUUCACUUCAACACUUGCUAACUAAGGUGAGCUUUGAAACAAUUAAUGAAUUAGUUCAAAUGAUUGGGUUUCAAGGGGAUGUUCAAUUGAGUGAACCACAAAUUGAAGUCACACAGGGCAGAAUCAACAUGGACAACAACAACCAAACAGCCAGAAGCACAUAAAGCAGCAAGGGAGGAAUGCACAUUUUGGACAACAAGAAAGAUCCAACAACACAACAAUCAAGCACACUUUUGGACAGUUUUUGGACAGCUUUUGGAUAUAUUUUGGGAAGCAUUUGUUUCAAAUUCAACAACAAGUAUAAAAAUUUAUGUUGUUUAUUGUGAAAUAAUUGUAUUGAAAUAAUAGUAAAAUCAAAAUAGUGGUUGUUUAGUAGUUACUCUCAGGUUUAAUUUUUGUUCAUCAUUAAGUUAAGGCCUUAUUUUUAUAAACAUUUGAUUUUAGUGGCAAUUGGUAGCCUCCAAGAUCAAAUAUGGUGUCAAUACCAAGCCUCCUAAAAUCAAUAAAUGAAUAGAAUAAUGCUAUGAAUGUGGCCCAGAAUAUUUGCCCUCACAUAAGUUUAUUGGGCAUGUAUUCAUUAAUGCAUCAAUUCAAACAACAACCCAAAAAUUCAUUUCAUUACUAGUCAAGAAAAAUAUGCAAUUAAUGACCAUAAACAUACUUGUAAAUGGACCAAGGCUAUCAAGCCAUUCUUCCUGCUCACAAUCACUUUCAGCAAAUACAACAUCUAUCGAGUUAUACACAUGGUUAGGAUCGUCCAGUUCUGGAGUAUAGAUAGGUUCACCCUUAGAAUCCAGUUCUCGACCCCAACGUGGAUUAGUCUCAACAGAUGAUUCAUAGUCAUCAUCAGAUUCAUCAGGAUAAUUAGGGUAAUCAUCAUCAACCCUUUUAGGGCUAUCAUCAUCAAGAAUCUUACCGGUGUUCAUCAAACCCACAAAAUA